GACAACGCGGUGACGUCAGCUGGAAAGAGCCGCCGCUCGGGGAGGUGACGCACGCAAAUCGGGAGUAUCCCUGUUGUUGUGGAGACCGGAAGGACGGGGCUGAAGUGCUCGGGUUGCUACCGGCUGAGAGGACCAUGUAUCUGAGACCCAGGUUUUGGCUGCUUCGGGGUAUUUCUUCUGUUCUCAUCAAGCCACAUAAUCCUUUAUCUGCACGCUUACAUAUAGAGGGAUGUUGCCCAGAACUGACUGAAGGAGAAUCUAAACUGUUAAUGAAUGAUGUGCGCAUGAAACUGCAGGCCAUUGUUGGUGCAUCCAAAAGCUGGAGUGAACAUCUCAAAUCUGCAAAGGACAGAGCUUCGUUAAAUUCUUUACUGGUCGAAAGCCAGGAGAGCUUACCAUAUCGCUACAUGAAGGACAGUUAUCUGGAGGCUUAUCUACCAUUGGGAAGCCAGCCUCUCUUAAGAGAAAAAUACUUGAAUGUACAUAACUUAGUAAGAUUUGGCAGGAUCCUUGAGGACCUUGAUUCGUUUGGAGUUUUAAUUAGUUAUACUCAUGCCAAAACUGAUUCUCCACGAAGCCCUUUUUCAAUUGUGACGGCACUUGUUGAUGAAAUAGAUCUGGUCAAAAAUAUUAUCCUGCCAGACUGUGACUUGAAAUUCAGUGGUCACGUCACCUGGGUAGGAAAAAGUUCCAUGGAAGUCCAGAUGCACGUAUCUCAGUAUCAGAAUGGCACCUUCAAUCCCGUCUUACAGGCUACUUUUGUGAUGGUGGCACGAGAUCCCUCAAAUAAAAGUGCAGCUUUAAUUAAUCCAUUGAAGCCUGAGGGUCCAGAAGAGGAGAACCUCUUUCGACAAGGAGACUUGAACAAAGCAAAAAGGGCCACACUAAAGGAGACCUCAUUACUGAAAACAACACCGAAUGAAGAUGAGCAGAAAAUUAUACACAAAAUGUUCCUGGAAACUCUGGAUCUUAAGACUGUAAGCUUCCGCAGUCGGAUUUUACCAACAAAUUCAAUGUGGAUGGAGGAUGCAAAGCUCAAGAGUCUGGAAAUAUGCCACCCACAGAUACAGUCCAGUGAGUCUUGGCCCAAGAAAGAUUUGUAUGCUGGAACUGAUGAUAAAAUAAUAGCUCAAGGCAGGGACGUAGAACCAGGAAAGGUAGGAGUACACAUCAUUCCAAAGGAACGUAAUAUUUUCAACAAAAUCUUUGGUGGAUUUCUGAUGAGGAAAGCUUUUGAAUUGGCAUGGGCAAAUGCUUGUGUCUUUGGGGGUUCAAGACCUUAUCCAGUUGCUGUAGAUGAUAUUCUGUUUCAAAAGCCAGUUGAAAUUGGUUCCCUGCUGUACCUUUCAUCACAGGUUUGUUACACCAAAGGCAACUAUAUUCAGGUCAGAGUCCACAGCGCAGUUGUAGACCCAAUCUCCCAGGAGCACAAUACCACCAAUAUCUUCUAUUUCACCUUUGGCUCUGAGAACAAAGUGAUGCAGGUUUUCCCAAAGAGCUAUGGAGAAUCUAUGCUGUAUUUGGAUGGAAAACGGCACUUUAAAGCAAGAUUAAACAAUGACUGAAAUUGAUCAAUCUACCACCAUGUCUAUCUAAGAACAUUGAUUUCUGCACUUGGUGAUAAUGUACUUCUAUACUUUUCUAAAAUAGUUAGAUUUUGCACUAUCUGAAUUACUUGCUAGCUUUAAUGUAUGACAACACUUAACAUCUGAGUGUUUUUCUGCACAAUUCCUAGUAGGUGCAUCUAAUGGGUUAUGACAAAACCUUUAUAAUAAUGGUGCUUAAAGUUCAUCACUGCAUAACAGCCUUGUGUUUAUAUCACUUUCCCUUGCUGAUUUAAUGCAGACAUCAACUCAGAAUACUUCAGGUAUUUGUUCACCAGUCAGCAAUAGUAAGCUACUAGACUGCAAGAACUACUGUUUGGUACAAGAAAACCUGCCACAUGACACUAAGUGCCAUUUAAGGUGUAUAAAAAGUUAAAUAUCUGUUUUUAUAUAUUAAAAAUGUGACAUACGUUGGUUUAAGUUUAGCCAAUGUGACAAUGCAUAGGAACUGAAAUUAUUUUAAACUAAGGUCUAUAUCCAAAUAUACUUGCAUUUCUUUGUACUGGUGUUGAUGGGGAAAAGCUUCUUGCAUAUGUGCAUGGGUUGAGGUUGUUAUAUUAAUACCACAGUAUGUGUUGUCUCCCAUAAAGUAAUACUGACUGGGUAUGUUGGGUUAAAUGACAAUUGUUUAAUGCUUACAAUAACUACUUUUCACUAGUUUAAUUUUGCAUAUUGAGAAAUUUGAGUAAUUCAGCCUGACCAGUUUAAGUACCAUUAAGAUUACUCUGCUGUUGAAUUAAUCAUUGUCCCUUGGUUCCCUUUUCACUCUGCUGGGAACCCAUUCAAUGUGAGGUGUAAAAUCAACUUUGGUGAUUGAUGCAAAAUACCAAAGUUAUCUAAAAUAAGUUGCCCAGAGAAGGGAGGGUUAUUUUUUCUACACCUGGAAGGGCAAUGGGACACUUGAAUGUGAGAGUGAUUAGGCUCUUGAAGGACCCACCUCUCCUGCUGCUUAGUAUACUCUGCAAAUUUCAGAAUCUUUACACAAACCACAGUUGUCUGCUUCCCAAGCUCAGAUUUACACCUUUUAAUUUGGGAAAGUGUAUCGAUGGCAGAAAAUGUGGAAAUGAAUAAAUGUUUUUGUAUCAUGGA